AUCAUAUAAUUCUAGUAAAAAAAAUUUUAAAAUGAUGAUUGCAACUACAUGGUGCCUUUAUUUUGCGUUGAACAUUUUCUAUUAUACUCAGAAAGUUUCAUGUGAAAUUACAAUGCAAGAUAUUCUUCAGAAUUUUGUUUACUCUCUGGCUAGUCAUCAACUUCGUGGAGUCAGUAUUCCAUUUAAAGAUCGGGGUUUUGUAUCUUUUGAUAUCUUACAAUACCAAAUAGGUUAUACCGUAGACUACUAUGAUAAUGUAUACCAAACAACAGAUGCACUUUUAAUCCUUGAAAUAUUUCAAGAUUAUUUGCCAGAUGUUAUUUACUGUAAGUAUGCGGAAAGAAUAACCGUUAUUACUCAUUAUAUUUUUUACGUAAUGGAAGAAUGUCAAUUAUUUAUAAAUCAAGAUAGAAUACGAACUCUUAACGUAUUUAUUCAAAAAUUAGUAGAAAUGGUGAAUUCAAUACAAAAUGGAAUUCAUUAUGUUAGUCAACUUGGUACUAGAGAAUAUAGCUUUCCAAAUAUUCCAUAUUUAUUUCUAAUCAAUCCACUUAAUUCAGGUCCCAUAGAACAGAGCAUUUGAAAAAUUUUGCACAUGCCACUAAGUACGACUUUUUAGAGGGAAAAACUCAAGCGUACUUUAUUGAAACAAACAAUUUUUUGGAUUCUUUGAAUACAUUA